GUCUUUGCACCUGGAGACGAAGAAGACAUGACCGGGUGUAAAUAUGGCGUCAGCCUUGGACGAUGAUGAGAUCUGCAAUGAUGAUUAUUAUUCUCUGUUAAAUGUCAGAAGAGAGGCCACACAGGAUGAGCUGAAGGCAGCAUACAGGCGACUAUGCAUGUUAUAUCACCCGGACAAACACAGAGACCCCGAGCUAAAGCGACAGGCAGAACAGCUUUUUAACCUUGUGCAUGAAGCUUAUGAAGUCCUCAGUGACCCACAGUCACGAGCUAUCUAUGAUAUCUAUGGCAAACGAGGACUUGAUGUUGAAGGAUGGGAGGUGGUGGAAAGAAAAAGAACUCCUGCAGAGAUCCGAGAGGAAUAUGAGCGUCUUCAGAAGGAGCGAGAGGAGAGAAGGCUUCAACAAAGGACCAACCCAAAGGGAACUAUUAGUGUGGGUAUUGAUGCCACAGACCUCUUUGACCGCUAUGAAGAGGACUAUGAGGAUAUGGUUGGAGGAGGAGUCCCACAUGUGGAAAUUAAUAAAAUGCACAUAUCGCAAUCUAUAGAGGCUCCUCUAACCUCAAAAGACACAGCCAUUCUCUCAGGCUCCUUGUCAACCCACAAUGGAAAUGGAGGUGGCACCAUUAAUUUGGCCUUGAGAAAAGUCACCUCAGCCAAGGGGUGGGGAGAGGUAGAGUUUGGUGCUGGAGAUACCCACGGGCCUCUCUUUGGAAUGAAGAUAUUCCGAAACUUGACGCCUCGCUGCUUCAUGACUGCUCAGUGUGGGCUUCAGUUUUCAUCCCGGGGUGUGCGACCUGGUUUUACCACUGUGCUGGCCCGCCACCUAGACAAAAACACUAUGGGCUAUCUGCAGUGGCGCUGGGGGACCCAGUCCUCAAUGAACACCAGCAUAGUCAGGGAUACCAAGAGCAGCCAUUUCACCUUUGCAAUGCAGCUUGGCAUUCCUCACACUUUUGUGAUGAUGAGCUACCAGUAUAAGUUUCAGGAUGAAGACCAGACAAAGAUAAAGGGCUCAGUAAAAUCAGGUUUCUUUGGGACUGUGCUUGAAUACGGUGCUGAGAGGAAGAUCAGUCGACACAGUGUCCUGGGGGCAACCGUCAGCGUGGGAGUGCCCCAAGGUGUCUCCCUCAAGAUCAAACUUAACAGAGCCAGCCAGACGUAUUUCUUCCCUAUUCACCUGACUGACCAGCUCCUGCCCAGUGCUGUAUUUUAUGCCACAGUUGGACCACUGGUUUUCUACCUCGCCAUCCAGCAGCUUAUUAUCCGGCCCUACGUGCGUGCCCAGAAGGAGCAAGACUUGGAGAAGCAGCGGGAGAGCUCGGCCUCUAACAUAGCCAGGAAAAAACAGGAGGCAGAGGCUUCCGUCUUACUCAUGCAGGAGUCUGUGCGUAGGAUUAUUGAAGCCGAAGAGUCCAGAAUGGGUCUCAUCAUCCUCAACGCCUGGUACGGGAAGUUUGUGACGGACAACAGCAGAAGACAUGAGAGGGCAAAGGUCAUUGAUGUGACUGUGCCUCUGCAGUGUCUGGUGAAAGACUCAAAACUCAUCCUCACUGAGGCCACAAAGUCAGGGCUCCCUGGUUUCUACGACCCCUGUGUGGGGGAGGAGAAGAGCCUGAAGGUGCUGUAUCAGUUCCGGGGAGUCAUGCAUCAAGUUCUGUCAGGAGAUGCAGAACCACUCAGGAUACCAAAGCAAUCCCACAGAAUUGACGCAGACACAUAAGAACUACUCUGCUGACUAAAAGGACAUGCCUCUCAACAGACAGAAGAUGGGUAGACAUCUGUUUUAGAUAACACGGAUUACGAAUCCUUGUUACUCGGAUCAAUCAUGCAUUUAUCUUUUUGUCUUUAUAUUGUUUAAGUAUGCAGAGUUGAGUAAAAGCAUCACUGACUGGAUUGAUAGUAAUUCAGUAUUUAUGGACAGGGUUUUGGCCUGCUUGAAAUUCUAAUGUCGCACCAGAAUCAAUGGAUACCAUCUUAUUUUCUGGGUCUUCUCGCCUUGUUGGUAUCCAUUUAUUUUUGGUAUUGCUUAUAACGUAUGGAUGAAGUCUUUGUACUGUAUUGUACACAAACUGCAGUGCCUAUGUGAUUUGAAGACAUGAAUGCACCUCUGUUUAUUUGCCAUAUUAAAGAUCUGUCUCUCAUAUUGCUGAA